GGCAGACUGUCGCAUCCUGGUGGUUAGAGUUUUAAAAAAUCGCCCAUCACUGUACCGGCAGGAAAGGCUUUAUUCAGGAAAAAUAAAAUCAAAUAAAAUUCACCACAAAUGUCUUCAGAGAAGAUGGAGACAAACGUAUCCAGUGGUGCGGGGCCUGGAUAUGAGGAAAAAGAAAACUCUUUAUGUCCGGAGGACUUGUCUGAGAUGCUUGCAGCGGGGACCAAGGAGGUUCAUGAAAAGGCUGAAAACACGCAGUUUGUGAAAGAUUUCUUGAAGGGACGUAUCCGAAAGGAGCUUUUCAAGCUUGGUGCUGUGGCGCUUUACUACACAUACACUGCCAUGGAGGAAGAGAUCGAAAGGAACAAGGACCACCCGCACUUUGCCCCUCUGUAUUUUCCUGCAGAGCUGCACCGUCAUGAAGCCCUGGCUUGUGACCUCGAGUACUUUUAUGGUCCUGAAUGGAAGAGCCAUAUCAGCUGCUCUCAAGCCACCCAGCUCUAUAUGGACCGUAUCCAUCAGGUGGGCCAGGAGGACCCGGUGCUCCUGGUGGCCCACGCCUACACCCGUUAUAUGGGUGACCUGUCAGGGGGUCAGGUGCUGAAAAAGGUGGCUCAGAGAGCUCUGAAGCUGCCACCUACAGGAGAGGGUGUGGAGUUCUACAAGUUUGAUGGAAUCCAUAGUGCCAAAGCAUUCAAGCAGCUGUACCGGAGUCGGAUGAAUGAGCUGGACCUGGACAUGGAGACAAAGAGGAGGCUGGUGGAUGAAGCUGUUAAAGCCUUUCAAUUCAACAUGGAGGUGUUUGAGGAGUUAGAGGAGAUCGGCAAAACAAUCCAGGAGGAUGUUUUAGAUGCUGGCAUGUCCGCUCAUGGAGAACUGGGUGGCGACAUCAGCAAAUGUCCCUACUAUGCAGCUAAAAUGGCGGCAUCAGGUGGAACAGCGUACUUCUGCCAGCUGGCCAUGGCUGCUCUCAGACACCCGACAGGACAGGUCCUGUUUGCCACCUGGUUUGCUGCCCUCGCUGGACUGGUUGCCUGGUAUCUGAUGUGAUCCAGCUCUGUCUGUUAGUCUAAAAAAAAUGACUUGGAAAGACGACUGGAAACAUUUCCAUGAACUAACAAAGUCCAUGCUCAAUAAUCCAGGUAUACAAUCCAACAAUUUUCAGU